CACACACACACACACACACACACACACACACACACACACACACACACACACACACACACACACACACAAACACACAUCCCGUCCCUCACACACAUUCCCUGGCUCCUUGUUUACCAGAGGGUAUACUGGUGGCUGUAGAUGCUAAUUAUCCUGAUGUAGGGGAAUAUAACACUGUCGUUAUAUCUGGUCUGGUCAUGCAGGGCUGGGGACAGCGACUAAUCCAGACCCCCACCUCCACCAUAUCAAUAUCAUCAUGUGAAAACCUGGGGAAGGGGCGAGGGAAAUGCAGAGCCACAGGAAACUAAACUCUGUCAAUCUAUCAUAGGGGGAGGAUGAGUACAGAGAGAGGGAGUGAGGAGCGCACAGGAGGUUGGUGGCACCUUAUUUUGGGAGGAUGGGCUCGUGGUAAUGGCUGGAGCGGAGUCAGUGGGAUGGGAUCAGGGUUUCCUCAUCCCUUUUGUUAUGGCAAGUCUAAGUAAGUCCAGGAGUAGAAAUAUAACUACUCACGUAAUAAGUUGCAUUGACUCACUGGUUGAAAUAUUGUAUAAACAUGAUUUCUGAAUGACUACAUCGUCUCUGAACCCCACAUACAAUUAUCUGUGUGGUUGAUGCCAUUCUAUCUGCACCAUUCCAGCCAUUAUUAUGAGCCAUACUCCCCUCAGCAGCCUCCACUGGAGGAGAGAGGGAGAGCUCCCAAAGUGACAUUCACAUUAAAGGUAAACACACCCUCAUUCAUUCAGGUACAGACCAGAUAUAACAGGAGUAAAGUAUGUUCACAUGUUACAGUGUAACUCAAGGGAGUGAUUGAUGAAUGAAUCAUUUUUAGAAUUUUUAUAAUUGGGACAUUGUCACACAGGUAACUGCUAAAUAAAGGAAACACCAGCAUACCCUGUAAAGUGUCUUAAUAGGGAGUUGGGCACCACGAGCCACGAGAACAGCUUCAAUGUGCAUUGGCAUAGAUUCUACAAGUCUCUGGAACUCUAUAGGAGGGAUCUGACACCAUUCUUCCACCAGAAAUUCCAUCAUUUGGUGUUUUGUUAAUGGUGGUGGAAAACGCAGCUCCAGACUCUCCCAUAAGUGUUGAAUUGGGUUGAGAUCUGGUGACUGACACACACAUACACACAUCAUGUAAACCCCCUAUGCUAAUUUGAGACCCCUCUUUCAAAGUCACUGAGAUCUCUUCUAACCAUGGUAGCCAAAAUAAUCACUGCUCACACUAAGCAUGAUGGGAUGUUGAUUGCUUCAUUAACUCAGAAACCACACCUGUUUGGAAGCACCCGCUUUCAAUAUACUUUGUAGCCCUCAUUUACUCAAGUGUUUCCUUUAUUUUGGCAGUUACCUAUAUAUCAAUGUUGGAUCCUGUUAUAUCUAUUUCUACAUCCAGGUUGUUUCUAAAUACAGGGUAGUGCGUCCCUGGUCUGUAUCACAGCACCCCCUCCAACCUGCAGAACUCUCUGAUCUCCAUAAGCACUCUGACAAAAUUUCCUGCGUCUGCAUUCACACCCUGAGUCAAGAGAGGGAGGGGGAGACAGGGAGGGAGGGGGGUUAAGAGGAGGAGAAGGAACGAGGGGAGAGAAGGGCAGGAAGGCACUGAGCCAAGAGAGAGAGAGCAGGGAAAAGUUGAGAGAGAACCAGAGGGGUAGGCUAGCAGGCAAAGGGAAGAAGAAACUGGGGCUCUGCUAUCCAGGAAGAAGAAACAGGACCGUCCGAUCCAGCAGCCAUAAGUCACCGGGGCUACUGCAUCAGCACUCCUCCUGUCCAUUCUCUCUCUCUCUCUCUCUCUCUCUCUCUCUCUCUCUCUCUCUCUCUCUCUCUCUCUCUCUCUCUCUCUCUCUCUCUCUCUAACUGGGGCUGCAGCCUGCCUUUCUCUGCAGAGGAAGCGCUGGCUGGUGGAAUCUACUUGAAUGCACUGGCUGUGCGCAGUGAUUCUCCCCUGCUCUGCCGUGCGUUUGUCCUCACUGACUCAGCUGUGCUCUGUAGUCAGCCUGCUGGUCCAGCCUCUCGGGAACACAGCCACAGGAAGAGUCCUUCUGACAGGAGUGUUGUGGGGCUGGCAGUCAGACGCACCACAACCAGGACUGGCUAACCACACAGUGGAACGUGGUACCUCGGGUGGGAUCAGCUCAGACGCCCAGGCACAACACACAACCAGACCAGUGGGACUCUGGGUUACAUCCACCUGACCACCAGAGGAGUUUUUGACGGGAUCACUCCAGCCCAACGGACCCCGGGCUGGAUCCCACAGCAGGGGGUGUUUUGGACGGGUUCAGACUGCCAUGGAAGUCCAGAGGAGUGGGGCUGAGCAGCCCAGGUCCAGGUGUCUGUUCUCCAGCCUGAUCAUCACUCUGCUGCUCAGUGUGUGGUCUGCUCAGGGCCUGGAGAUGUCCACAGGAAAGGUCCCAUUCAUGGAGGCGCUGAACGGCAGUACUGUGCUGCUACCCUGCACCUACGCCAGCUGUAUCGGCAUCAAAAACCUUUACUUCAACUGGCAGUACAAUGACAACGGCACUAUGCAGAAGGUGUGUGAGUCUGUGAUUCCGUCAGACGGGAUGGAUCCUCAUCCAGUGAGUAUCUACCGGGAGCGGGUGGAGUUUAUCGGCACCAGUGAUCACAACAACAUCUCCAUCCUGCUUUGGAACAUCACCUUUGAGGACGAGGGCCAGUACACCUGCUUCGGACGCAACCCCAAAGAGAAGGGCAAGAACCACAGCGCUAUCUUUACCCUUGUCGUGGUGGACGAGUUACGAGUGGUGGACAACACUCUCACCAUCAUAAUUGCUUCUGCAGUGGGCGGAGCCAUCGCCCUGCUGAUGACUUUCAUGCUGGUGAAGAACUUCAUCCUUUUCGUUCUCUUCAAAAUCGAGGAGAGGAAAAAGAUCGAGUGCCUUGUACAAUCUUCCUCAGCUGAUGAAACAAACAAUGUCUCAGGAUCCAAAACUUCGAAACCACUGACACCAAAGAAGAAAUGAGAGUACUUGCAUGUAUGUACAUCCAUAUAUAAAUAUACAGUUAUAUCUAUGCAUAUACUGUAUUUUUAUGCAUAAACAUGUGUAUUGACAUGUGACUCCAUGGGCAGGCUUCUUGGGCAGGUUUUUUGGACUGAGAAGCACGUCUGAUGGAGAUACUUCAUUGAAAGUGUUUGUUAGUCCAAUAAGCUUAGGCUGUGUCCCGGAAACCGCUCCCAUACGUUCUAGUUGAUAUAUCUUCUUUUUUUUCAAAUUAAGACCUGAACCUAGGACUGUUUUUCAUAUUAUAUUAAAACGAAAAUAUAUGCUUAAGACGAGGAAUAAUGCUAUGUAAUAAUGCUGUUUAAACUGUGCUGGAUCCUACUCCUCUCUCCACCAACCAACCCCACUGCCCUGGGUUCAACUGAAACUGUCUACACAAUCGAACGGUGUGUUUGAAGAAAAUGUAUGGGAUAUUAUUCACAGUUUAAUUCAAUCUCCAGUGGCAUUAUGCCACUUCAGAUCCAGCUUCAGUCCUAUUGCACAAUACCACUGAUUCGCAUCAGCUUUAGUUUAGUGCUGUUUAGAAUACAAUAUUAACUCUGCUAUUCCAAAAGUCAUUCAUUAACCCUGUUGUAUCAUAUUUAGAAACUAGGGUCUCUAAAGGGUUUUGCUGCGGUGAGGAGUGAGAAAGGAUCCAGUUCAGAACAUUAUACAUUUUCUUUGCUUGAUAUAAAACACUGGUGCCUGUUAGCGCUUCUAUCUUCCUCUGCUGGUAGGAAGACUAAAUACUGCAAAACCAUUUACCAAAUGCAGCAAAACGCAAAGGAAUAAUACUACAAGCUGAUGAAUGAAAUGAUAGACAACCCCUUAGCCAACCCUCUAGAAAAAGGAAUAAACCUCUAAUAAUGCUGCUUUUAAGACAAAUAACCUUAAUGCGUUUAUAAGCAUGUGAAACCCUAAGGCAGAUGUAGAGGCACAAUGCCUGACAAUAGAAAUGUACCCUGUCGUGUUCUUUCCUGGAAUCCCACAUUUAACCACGUGUGAUGUGUUUAGUUCUGCUUUGAAGCUGCUUCCAAAUCUGCUCAUAUCAUGCCGACCCUCACCACAUCCAGUGGUUGGCAAGGCAAUGCACUGGAAACUAUUAGGUAGUGGGUUCACUGGCUUGAACAUCAGACAGAAACACACCCCACAUAUUCCUAUUGUAUGUCCACUUACAAAUAACUGUCUCUUUGUUGUUCUGAACACAUUUACCCAGACCGAUGUGUAGACACACUGCAAUAAGUACUGACAUGCUGCAGCGCAGCGGAAUUUAUGAUGGUUCAUUCAUGGCUCCUGAUUCAACACAAAUUCAGCCUGUGCGGAAAACCAGAUGUCCCUCAUCUAUAGUCAUUACGGACACCUCCACUAACCACACCACAAAGAGAUGCAUGGAGCAGCAGUUCGGUUGCAGGUAGAGCGAUAGACGGGGACAGAUCUUUCCUGGACAGUGUAGAAUAGACACACGACUAAUAUCCCAUAUUCAGCCCAUUUAUUGUGCCAAACUGGGAUAACCCUGAGAAAGCCACAUCUGAUCAGGAAUGGACUCCUUUCAUGGGUUUCCUAAGUUACUAUUGAAAUCAAUCGCUAUUGAACUGCUAUGGCCUAUAUCCAAUGGUGGCACGUUUAAGAUGCUGAAUGUCUUGUUUUCAAAAUACCUCCAGUGUGUGUGAAAACGUGCGUGUUCAGGGGAGAACUUCAUGUCUAUGUCCAUUGUCUAGGACCUUGCUGCAUCUGUCAUUGUAUAAACAUAACAAAUAUACCUCCCUCAAUCACUGAAGCAGUUUUCUGAUAUGGACAAGCCCCAGUAUUGCUGUUCCCAUAGCAUAGCCCUUCAAAUACAUGCACUGGCUUGUUGCAAUGGCAGGAGGGUCUUUUGGGAACUUUACCUUAAAGAUGUGCUAGACAUGUAAACCACAGAGAUGUCGUGUACCAGUGGAGCGGUGAGUGAAUGAACCUAAAUAGCUGUAUAUUUAACAUGAGGGUAAAGUUGAAUGACCUCAGGUGUCCUAGAUGAGAACAGAUAGAUGGCAUGGUUAGAUCAUAGACAGUAGUAAAUGGACUAUCUCUGGUAGGUCACGGAUUUGAGCUUGUGGCACUGAAUCCCUGACUGACUCACACUCCUAAGAGAACAGUGAUACUAUGCAAACACCACUACUGAGCGGAAGACAUGCGUGUACUGUAGGACAGACUGCUCCAGUUCUCCCAAUGGGAUCUGCGUUCACAACGCUGCCCAGGCAUUACAGCAACAUGACUAUAGCUACUGCAGGAUUCCAAUACACCAUUGAGUUUUUGCUGUGAUGAUAAUGUGAGCAAUAAAAAUGACAGGAGCAACAGUAAUCAAAGUAGGUUAUGGGCAAUGGAGUUCUGAUGAGCUGAUCUAUGGAAGAUGAGGAAUGGGUUUAUAGUGCACGGAUUUCCAUGGCUCAUCUUCUAUUCAGCCGAAGGGUCUGUGGGAUGGACUGCAGUGUGAGAAAUCCUUGAAAAGAAGAACCAGUGGAGAUAUGCAAUAUAGAGUAUGUAAUUUAAAGGCGCAACAUGAGAUUUUAGCCAUAAAUUACAUUUCGUUGUGGUUUUAUAAGGAGACUGCUUACAACCGCUUAAAAAUGGCUUAGUACAGCUUAUCACAAUCCGAAAAAGAUUGUUGCAAGGACGUGAAUGCGUUUUAUAUUGCUAAUGUUUUUGCUAUUGUCAACCUCACAGACGAGAACCAAUCGUGAUACAGGAAGUUGUACAAAACUAAUUUGCAGCUUCAUGUAGAAUUCUAAUAAGUAGGUUUUAUUGUGAAUUUCUAUUCCGUUGGUACUACUGCCAUGUAAUUCACAUUGGGCACUAGUUGCAAGUGGACAUUUUACAUGUAUAACCUCUAACGUACUUAAAGCAUAACUGUGAGAGUGACUCACAUGUCCUUUUGAAAUGCCCUUACACAGUACUGUAGCAGUACCAACCGUCUUCCCUGUACGCUGACUACUGAAAAGAACUGGAUGGAUGAAGCAAUAUGAAUGUUCAAUCUUUGUAGUUUAGAAAUUGAGAACAUUGUAGUAGCAGAGUUGCUGACAGUGACCUCUGUCAUCCAUUAUUGCACUUUUGACAAGAGAAUGUUUGUGAAUCUAUAAUGUCCCCAGACAGUACUGACACCUUGGUCCCACAUUGCUAUCCCAACUAACGCAAAUGUACAGUCAUUUCUCUUUACUCCCUCAAAUGAUUCCCCCUCCCAUGUAAUCUCUCCACCAUGCAGAUCAGCUGUAUUCUUUAUUAUAAAAGCCACCAGAAUCCAAUAAACGUUUAAAUAAAA